AUGUCAUCAGAGAUUUCUACAGAGGAGAUGAUUUCAACUUCAUCAUUGAAAUACUCAACAUCUCCGUCAAACUCUGGAAUCGUAAUGAUUGGUGGUAUUGACUUUCAUAGAAUCAAUGUAGGCAGAAGAAGAGUCGUUAGAUUUACUUUGCUCAAUGCUGAGAAUAAACCAUUUGUUAUCACCAAUUUAUACUUACAACAACAAAAGAGUUUAUAUGGACAUGCUUCUUUUACUGUUAGUGAAUCACAACAACAACAGCAGAAGCAACAAAAUCAAUAUCAACAUCAAUAUAGACCAAAAUAUAAUAACAAUAGUAAUGGUAAUGGUAGUAGUGAAAGUUUAAAUCAACAACAGAAACAACAACAACAACAACAACAACAAUUACAGUUACAACUACAAAAGAAUGCUAAUGGCAUGGUAAACGGUAUAAAUAAUAUUAGUCAUAAUAGAAACAAUGGAUUUACAUUGAAUUCAACAGCAUCGCAAUCAUCACAACAACUUCAGCCAUUUUCAAUACUAGCGAAAUUAGAGUUCCCAAUUGUUAUUGCACCGCACCAAGAGUUUGAAAGUUACAUAUCGUUCUCACCUCCAACCAGCGGAUGGUUUACAGCACUGCUCUCCAUACAAUCUUUUAGUUCCGGUACCAAAAUACAACAGGUUUCACUACAUGGUGAAGGUGAUCAACCAUCUACACCAACACAAAUAAUAUACUCUGAUAACCAAUCACCAAUAAUCAUUGAAACACCAGUUAAAAGUUAUAAUUCAGAAUCAUAUUCAGCGUUGAAUACACCACUGGAGUUUGAAUCAGAGUCUAACCCUAAUCGACCCACUUUUCUAUACCCUUCAAAUUCAUCGUCUUCCGUCAUAGCACAACCGAUUUUCUUUGACGAAGACUGUCAUCAGAGUAGCAACAGCAGCAUCAAUACAAUCAAUAGUUUAAAUAGUAAUAAUUAUGUAUAUCCAAAUUCAUCGUCAAAUGGCAUUAACAACAGUAGUAGUAGUAAUAGUAGUACCAACAGACAACCUGCACUAUUAACAAACCAUUCACAACCUAAACUAAAUGGUAACAAUAUCAACAACAACAACAAUAGUAUAUCGACAACAACAACGGCAACAACAGCAAUACACACACCACCUAAUAACAACAGAUACCGACCGUCGUCACACCACAUCAAGUCAUCAGAGAAAAAAGUUAGUUUCAACCCGUUGGUGUCUGAGAGGGAGAAAUCACUCGAUCUAAGUGUCGAUGAAGAGAAUAUUAUCCAGUCGGUUAUCAAACACCACAAUAGCAACAAUAUAAACAGUAACCACAACGAUAGUUCAAACUAUCAAUUUCACAGGAUGAAUAAUGGAAACGUCAGUAGUAACACACCAAUACCAUCCAAAAGUAAUAUUAAAUCAACAACAACAACAACAGCCAACAGCAAAUCCAACAGUAUAACAGCAACAUUCGAACAAGUUGAAAAGAGAUUAAUGGAACUUUCAAAGUUUAUCAACGAAGAUAGUAUAAACUAUAAUUACAACAGUAACAACAAUGAGAGUAACUAUAUGAAUGGAAAUGCACUACCACCACCACCACCUUCAUCCUAUACAAAUAAUUAUAAAAACAAUACUCAACAACAACAACAACAACAUAAUCAAUAUUUUAAUCAACAACAGAAACCAUUUCAAUAUCAAAAUCAAAAUAAUUAUCAACAACAACAACAACAGCAGCAACAACAUACAAGACCUACACAACAACCAAUACAAAGAUUUACACAACAACCACAACCAACACAACAACAUCAACAACAACAAUAUUUUAAUCAGGAUAAUCAUAAUACUUCAGGUGCAUCUACAUCAUUUAUUUUAGGACAGAGUCAACAGCAACAACAACAACAAAAUCAAGCACAACAAUAUAAAACACCACUAAAACAACCAAAUUCAAAUGAUACAAGUAUACUUGAAAACAAUAACAAGAUGACAGAUGAAGAUUGGGCAUUAUUUAAAGAGUUGGAGAUUGUUCAAAAGAAAGUGGCCACACCUGCAAUCUGGAGAGAUUUCCUUCGACCAUCGAUCGACCACAACUCAUCAUUCCAAUCGGCUGCAAUGAAAUAUGAACCUGCAACGCCAUACUUAUCAAGAAAUAGAGUUGCUAAAUCUUAA